AUGGUGAGACCAAAGAUGCAAUUGGAGAAGUUGGAGGGAAAGGUUUCAAGAGAAGAAUACUACUUGCACAAUAAAUCAAUUGUGGCCAAGAAAGUUAAAGAAAUGAGCUUUUUAACGGGAACUCAUAUUUUGUUCCUUGCAUUUUCUCCUUCUAAUAUUCCAACACUUCAUUUGGGACACCAUAGCAACUUUGUGAGUAUUGUAAGGAGAUUUUCCCAAAUUUCAUAUCAUGAUAGAGAAAAGAGGAGACAUGACAAUCUUCAGACAAUGAAAUCAAAUUAUGAGAAAGAAGGAUACAGCAUUGACGUACAGAAAUUGUCUGACGCUUGGAAAGUCAAGAAAAUAGAGGAAUUGAGAAAAGAAUUGGAUAAGAUUAAGAAUGAAUUAAUUGAUCUCAAACUGAGGAAAAGUUAUUGGGAAAAUCCACAAAAUGUCAGUAGUUGUGAAAUGAUCAAGGACAUGGAGGAAAGUCUAUUGUUGUCGCUUCAAUUUGUUCUUAAACGCAAGAUUGAAUUAACGUCUAGUACAACACACUUCACAAGUGAUCGAGCCAGAAUUGAGAUCCAUUCGGAUUUGAAUCAAAUGACCCUUCCAACCACUCGAAAAUAA